AUGUCGCACAAUCCAAACCCGAACGCAGACACCUCCGGUUUCAGCUAUCCUAGUGCAGCCGGUGUACCAACUAAUAUAGCACAGACACAUGUAGGCCUUAUGCCUACAUCUACUUCUUCAAUUCCGGAAUCAUCAUCAUCUGUGCCAACCACAGUCACGCAUUCAACUUCAGACAAUCGAAUAGGACCAGCUGUGGAUCGUCAUCAUGGGAAACUAUAUGGUGAGCAUGGUGGAGCUGGUACUAGGGCAGAUGAUCGGAAGGGCGAGAUCGUAAAGAAUGAUGGUCAUACACCAACACCCGUCGCUAUACAUGAACAGACUUAG